AUGUCGUCUCACAAACAGAAGAGUCACGGCUUUUGCAUUGUUUGCAUUCUGUGCUGCUGUAUGAUUUCUCUGGCUCUUGGUCAGUCAUACGACUAUAAAUUCAACGUCGCUGAAGCAUAUCACACAAAACGGCAGCUUGGAGGCAGUAUCAUCGUCACGACUGGGAUGCCAGUUGGCCCUGGACCGGUCCCCAGUCGGCCUGAUAUUCACGAUCUCCAGAAUGACCAGGACAAGUGGACCUUGUACAUCCUGGCCCUCGACAUGAUGCAGUGGACAGACCAGUCAUUUCCUACAUCUUGGUUCGCCAUCAGCGGUCUACAUGGUGUGCCGUUUGAGCCUUGGAGCGAGGUGUACCCAACUCCUGGCAAUGAGUAUACUGGCUAUUGCCACCAUCAAGACAUUCUCUUUCCAACAUGGCAUCGUGCGUAUGUGGCAUUGUAUGAGCAAGAGCUCUGCCAGCGGAUGCAGUUCAUUGCCACUACGUACUCAGGGGCCGCCAAAAACCGCUUUGAAUCUGCUGCUGCCGACUGCAGAGCUCCAUAUUUCGACUGGGCCACACUUCCAGUGACCUCCAGGGAUAGUAUGCUUCCUGCCAGCAUUGGAGGCAAUCCUAAGAUCAAUGUUUCCGGGCCACAUGGAACGCAGACCAUUGAUAACCCGCUCUUCGCCUACAGCUUCAAGCCCCCCAGCCGAGGGGUCUUUGAGAAUGUGGCACCAUGGGCAGACUGGACGGCUACGAGGAGGGCUCCAACGAGUACACAGCCAGACGCCAUGUCAAACAAUUCCGCCAUCAACACCAAUCUUAUGUUGUACAUCAGCCAGAAUCAGCAGAGGCUCUACAAUCUUUUCACAGGUUACAGCAACUACACCAUCUUCAGCAACGAAGGCUGGAGCAUAGAUGACACUAAACAAGACUCGCUCGAAAACCUUCACGACAAUCUCCACGCCGAACUUGGGGGUCACCAGGGCCACAUGACCAUCGUCCCCUUUUCAGCUUUCGACCCCUUAUUCUUCCUCCAUCACUGCAACGUCGAUCGCAUAUUUGCCAUAUGGCAGGGGCUCCAUCCGGAUGCGUGGAUUGUCCCUGAGGCUGCCCGGGUCAACUCGUACACCACAUCCGUUGGCCAAAUACUCGAUUCCGCCUCCCCCUUGACGCCAUUCUACUCAAAUGUCAACGGGGACUUCUGGACCUCGGACAUGCUCCGCGACACUGCAGCUCUGGGGUAUACAUACAGCGAGCUGGCCAGUUCGGGGAUAUCGCUGUCUAACAAGACCUCGGUCCUCAACGGGCAGGCUCAAUUGACCACCAUAGUUAACCGACUCUACGACUCAUACAGCCCGAACAGCCUCAAGGCCCAGUCUAAACGCUCCAACCGCCGCGGCAAUCCAGUACGGCACGGCCGUGACGAGGAAGGGUGGUACAUGGGUCGCGGCCGCCGAUCAAUAGCCUCACUGCCCGUCACGAAAAUCAUCUCGGAGCAGGGCAAGUACCGGGAGUGGAUUGCAAACGUCCGAGUGAUGAGGCAAGCCCUCGACGGGCCCUUCACAGUCAACCUCGACCUCGGCGGGCCGGACGGACAGACGCUCUACGUGGGCUCCAUGGGCGUCUUCGCCUCGCCGCCCUCGAUCGCGAGCCUGAAGAAGCUGGCGCCCGGGGCGGAGUACAUCGCCGGCACCGUGCCCCUGACAGCGGCCCUCGUCGACGAGGUGGCAGAGGGGACGCUUGCGUCCAUGGACCACGCGGACGUCGAGCCGUUCCUGCGCGAGUACCUUUCGACCCGCGUCGUCCGUGGGGACGGAGCCGAGGCUGACCCGGCUGGCGUCGCGGGCCUGAGCAUCGAGGUCGUCAGUUGGCCCGUCCAGGCUACUUCGAGUGAGGAACAGCUGCCCACCUGGGGAGAGGCCGAUUAUAAGAUUCGCAUCAUGUAG